AUGGUUGUCGACACCAAACUAUACGAUCUGCUUGGUGUUUCUCCAACAGCUACUGAUAGGGAGAUCAAGAAAGCCUUUAUGAUCAAAGCAAAAGAGCUUCAUCCCGAUAAAAAUCGUGAUGACCCUCAAGCAACAGAAAAAUUUCAAGCAGUGAACGAAGCAUACGAAAUUUUAAAGGACCCUGAGAAACGUGCUAACUAUGAUAACUACGGACCUGACUCCUUGCAUAAUGGACAAGAAGAUGAUAUGGAUGAUGACAUUUUCUCACAUCUUUUCGGAUUUGGUGGUGGUUUUGGAAGAACAUAUGGCAGCAGACGAUCAUCCAGACCGCAAAGAACUCGCGAUACAGAACAGCACGUACAAUGUACUCUUGAAGAGCUUUAUAACGGCACAGACAAGAAAGUACACAUACAAAGGAAUAAAAUCUGCUCGAAAUGCCACGGAAAUGGAACAAAAGAUGGAAACCCACCACAAAAAUGCAAUAAAUGCCACGGAUCUGGUGUUGUUCUUGAAUCUUAUCGUCGUGGAAAUACUUACUUCCAAACCUCCAGUGAUUGUCCUGUUUGCCACGGUACUGGACUUUACAUUGCAAAGAGCGACGUUUGUCCUAACUGCAAAGGCGACAAAGUUGUUCGCGAGAACAAGCAGUUGACUGUACACAUUACCCCUGGUAUGCAAGACGGUGAAUACAUAAUGAUGGCCGGAGAAUCUGAUGAUUAUCCUGGAUGCGAAACCGGCGAUUUGUAUAUAGUAAUUGAUGAGCAGAGACAUGAUUUGUUCCAAAGGAAAGGUGAAAACUUAUUAUACAAGAAGAGAUUAUCGUUUACCGAAGCAUUAUUAGGAUUUAAAUUUACGAUACCAACAUUAGACGGUAGAACACUUGUUAUAGAGCGCCAGAACGCAUCAACCAACUUUGGCGAUGUUAUUGUUGUCAAAAAUGAAGGUAUGCCAAAGACAUCAUCUGGUUUAGAAAAAGGUGACUUAUUUGUCCAAUUUUCUAUCAAAUUCCCUAAAGUCAGCGAUAUACCACCUCCUCUUCUCGAUGCAAUGAAGAGGUACAUGCCUCCUGACCAGCCGGAUGUUGAUGAAAAAGAUCCAAAUGUUUUCAAACCUUCAAUUUUUCAAUCAUCAAUGAAGGCAUUUAACACUACAGAAAAACGCAGACAACAAAGAAAUGAUAGGCGUGAAGCUUAUCAGGAAAGCAGUGAUGAAGAAACUGCUCCAGGAAAUGGAUGUCAACCAAUGUAA